AUGCUGCAAUUAUUACUCCCGGCGUCCUGGCCGGCUGCGCUGCUGGCUGGCGUUGUAUUGCCCCUCCUCUGGACCCUCUACGCCAAAACCCUGCACCCCCUCUCUCGCGUCCCGGGCCCCUUCCUCGCCUCGAUCACCCCCUUCGUCCAGCUCUACCACGGCCUCAAAGGCGACCGGCACCUCUGGAUCUACGACCUCCACCAACGCUACGGCGACCACGUCCGGCUUGCGCCGAACUUCGUCUCCAUCAAUAACGUUGAAGGCCUGCACAGGAUCUACGGACACGGGAAUAAAUUCCGCAAGGCGGACUUCUAUAACGGGUUCCUGGCGAUUCCGGGGGUUUAUAACACGCAUAAUGCGAUUGAUAAGGUUGUGCAUGGGCGGAAGAGGAGAGUACUCAGUCAGGCGUUCUCGGAUGCUGCGCUCAAGGGGAUGGAGGAUGUUAUGCUGCUUCAUGUGAGGCAGUUGUGUUCGAUUCUUGGGGGCGAGAAGCCGCGGACGAACGCGGAUAAGGAGGGCUCGACGUUUAAUAUGGCGAAUUGGUUUGGAUACCUGACGUAUGAUGUUAUGGGCGAGUUGUGCUUUGGGAAGAGCUUUGAUAUGCUUAUUGAUGGGGCGAAGAGGAGGAUGGUUCAUUUGGUUGAUCGCGCUGCGUAUCGGCACUACGUUUGCGGUCUCUGGAUGCCUCUGCACCGCUGGCAUCUCGACCAGAUCUUUAUCCGACGACUGACGAAUGACCGGUGGAAUUUCAUCAUGGAGUCGAGACAGGAAGCCAACAAACGGGCCAAGGAGAGGGCGUCUCUCGGGAAAGACGCGAAGAAGGAUUUCUUCUACUACCUGCUCAACGCGCGCGACCCUGAAACCGGAAAAGGCCUUGCGACCCAGGAACUCUGGGGCGAGGCGAAUGUUCUCAUGAUCGCCGGCAGUGAUACCACGUCCACCAGUCUCUCUGCCGCCAUCUUCUACCUGGUCCGCAACCCGCACGCUUUGAGCAAACUGCAGAAUGAAGUCCGGUCUCACUUUAGCGACGUCGAGCAGAUUGUCACCGGCCCCGAGCUGAACCAGAUGACAUACCUGAAAGCUUGCAUUGACGAGGCGAUGCGUCUCGCUCCCGCAGUCCCAGGGUCUAUCCCGCGAGAAGCAUCGGACCCGGUGGUCACUGUGGACGGUCUCGUUCUCCCGGAAGGAACCGGCUGCGGUACUCCUCCAUACUGCAUCCACAGACGCCCGGACUACUACCGCGAGCCUCUGAGCUACCUGCCUGAGCGCUGGAUCGAGGGCUCAACCUGCAAGACGGCAGACUCUGACUGGACUGUGACGAAGGAUGAGGUGGAAAUCGCCCGCAAAGCAUUCUGUCCCUUCAGCAUUGGUCCCCGGGGAUGUAUUGGGAAGAGCAUGGCGCUGAUGGAGAUGCGAGUCACCUUGGCUAGGCUGAUGUAUCUUUUCGAUUUUGAGCUGGCGGAUGCAACGGGCGAGGAUGAGAGUGGGCACUUCAAAUUGGUGGAUCACUUUGUUGUCUCCAAGACUGGGCCUAAUGUUGUUGUGAGGAAAAGGCAGGCUUGA